GCCACUUCACUAGAAGCAGAAGCACAUUGCAGUUAGCCAGUGAGGAAAGAUUUUUUUUUUUAGUUUUUUCUCUUUGGUAGGGAUCUGAGGGAUCCACAGAGAAGCGUACAAACAUUAAUUUUGGAUAUUUUAUUUUCUGACUGUCACAAUGUCCAGAGUUACCAAUCUGUCGAAGCUGCGGCAAGAGAGGAUGAGGGAGAUCAACCAGCGGAAUAAAGAGAGAGAGCACAUGAGGGAGCGAGAGAAGGUGGCAAGGGAGAGGGAGGCACGUUACAGCAAUGGUCACCUCUUCACAUCACUGACAGUGUCAGGAACCACACUCUGUUCAGCAUGCAACAAGAGUAUUACUGCCAAGGAGGCGCUCAGCUGCCCUACAUGCAAUGUCACUAUCCACAACCGCUGUCGAGACACUUUGCCAAACUGUGCCAAAAUGAAACAGAGGCAGCAGAAGACUGCCCCAAUGCGGAAUAACUCCUUGCAGAAUGUUACACUGCGCACAAAAACUCCAGGAAUGCGCGAGCGUCCAAGUUCAGCCAUCUACCCUUCGGACAGCUUCCGACAGUCCCUGCUGGGAUCUCGCCGUGGUCGCUCCAGCCUAUCCCUGUCCAAGAGUGUCUCCACAAACAACAUUACAGGGACCCUGAAUGACGACUCUCCCCUGGGGCUGCGCAGGAUCCUUUCCCAGUCCACAGACUCCCUGAGCUUCAGGACCAGAGCUAUGUCAGUGGAAUCUCUCAAUGAUGACGGAGACAACUACUACACUUCAGUAUUGGAGGAGUUGGAACUCGAGGGCCAGGACUUCAAGGCUGACUCAUGGAGCAUGGCUGUGGACAACAAUUACUUGCAGACACACCGCAAAAACGUCAUCAAGAGGCAGGAUGUCAUCUAUGAGCUGAUUCAGACUGAGCUGCACCACAUGCGAACGCUGCGUAUCAUGGAAAGGGUGUUCCGGCAAGGCAUGCUGGACGAGCUUCAGCUAGACCCGUGCACCGUGCAUGCCAUGUUCCCCUGCCUGGACCAGCUGAUCCGGAUACAUUCCCAUUUCCUGGCACAGCUUCUCCUGCGGCAAAAAAGCAGCCUGCAGUCUGGAUCCAGCCGCAACUUCACCAUUCACCAGCUGGGGGACAUAUUGCUGGAGCAGUUUUCAGGCCAGUGUGCGGACGACAUGCGAAAGACCUAUGCUGAGUUCUGCAGCCGCCACUUGAAAGCUGUCAAAUUGUACAAAGAACUGCUGGCCAGAGACAAAAAGUUCCAAUGCUUCAUACGGCGGAUGAGUCGUGGACCCUUACUACGUUGCCAUGGUGUUCAGGAGUGCAUCUUGUUGGUGACUCAGCGGAUUUCCAAGUAUCCUGUCAUUGUUCAGCGCAUUCUGGACAAUACCACUGAUGAUGGAGAAGAAGCCUCCUUUCUUGCCCAGGCUCUCUCCAUGGUCAGAGAACUUCUUAGUUCAAUAGACCAACAGAUGGAGGACCUGGAGCAAACACAGCGGCUGCAAGAGAUCCAGGCCAAGCUGGACCAGCGGUCUGAGGCCAAAGUAAGGGAUGGAGGACUGUUCAAGGCUGGAGAGUUGUCCCGCCGGAGGCUUGUCCACGAAGGGACCCUUUUCUGGAAAACCCCGGGCUCCCGGCUCAAAGAUACACAGGUCUUAUUGAUGACAGACAUCCUGGUGUUUCUGCAGGAGAAAGACCAGAGAUACAUCUUUCCAUGUCUGGACAAGUCUCCAGUACUGUCCCUUCAGAACCUGAUAGUGAGGGACAUAGCCAAUCAGGAGCGUGGUAUGUUCCUCAUCAGCGACUCCUCUCCUCCUGAGAUGUACGAGUUCCAUGCUGCCUCCAAGGAGGAGAAGAAUAUCUGGAUACGCCACAUCCAGCGCACCGUCAGCAGGUGCCCAUCGAGAGAGGAGUUCCCCCUCAUAGAGACUGAACACAAGGCUCAUCUUAGGAGACUCAAAGCUGAGCUGCAGCAGAAGGACCGGGAGAUGCUGGAGCUCCUGCAGGAGAGGGUGACUCUGUUCUGUGAGCUGGCAGAGGUGACGAGUGGUCACGAGGGCCUACAACCUCCCAUCACUCGCUAUCUGUUCAGGGCAGACACCGCCCAAGCUCCGCGCGCAGAGAAACUGCUGCUGGAUGCCACCACCGAGGUGGACAGGUUGAGUGAGCUCCUGCUGGGUUCCAGCGUGGACAUCCCUCUCCCAUGGCAGCACAACCACAUGGAGGUGGUAGAAACCAGUGAUCAGGAUCUGUCGCUCAAUGGAGCACAGGAUUUCUUUGCAGCAAAGAAGAUCUAUCAGAGGCUGGUGAAUCUCAGUGUUUAUCUCCAUGCACUUCAGGGUGCUGUCAUCAAACAAGACUCCAUUUUGGAGCUGCUACUGCAGCCACAGGAUACCGUGGCACCAACUGCAGGAGGAGUAUGGCGUCCUUUCUGGAGAGAUGGUGGAAAUCGGGAGGCCAAUCCAGGGUCGACCAUCGGGGAGCUGGCUCUUUUGCAGAGACAACACAGCCUGUUGCAGGAGGAGCUGCUGAGGCUGCGGGAUGCCGAGAGCCGGUUCAAGGACAGUGAGAGAGCCCGGGCAAAGCUAGAAAAGCAUGUCCGACACAUGAAGGUCUGCAGCGGGAACACGCCUGCCUCCCAGCAGCUAGGGGAGCAGGACUCUAAACCAGGAAAGGAGGUCUCAGCCGGAGCUGACACCCUGUGGGCCAGCCAGCAACCAGCCCACCAAUCAGAUGGCCUUCAGGACGGCAGUGAUGUGGAGGUAGACAUGACGUCAGAUGAUGAUGAUGGGUCAGCAUCUGAAAGCUCCAAAGAUCUUCAAGAUAUUCCGGAGGAGAUCUGAUCCUCGGCAUGUUUCACAGUGCUACUGAGCCUACACCUAUAGCCAUGGGCGUUUUAUGAGGGUCUCACACACUUUUUUAAAAUGAUUAGUCCCACCCA